AUGACAAAAAAGUUAGUUAAAAGUUCUUUUUCUAAAAUUUACAAUUUGUGUUCACAAAUACCAACAGGGCAUGUCUCGACCUAUAAGUAUAUUGCUGAAUAUCUUCAUACCUCGCCGCGGAUGGUCGGUCAAGCUCUUAAAAAUAAUCCUUUUUCUUCCUCACAAGUUCCUUGUCACCGGGUUAUUGCUUCUAAUUAUUUUAUUGGGGGUUAUUAUGGAGAGUGGGGAGAAGGAGAAAAAGUUGCUACUAAGCGAAAAUUAUUGGCCGAAGAGGGGGAAUUAUUUUCUGAAAUAAGUAAAGAGGAACAGAGUGCUCUAUCUUCUGAAAUUGAAGAUCUUGAAGUAAAAAAAGACAGAUUGAUUAAUAAAAUUAAAGAACAAAUAAUUGAAGAAGAGGGUAUUAGUCAAAGUGUUGUUAUGGAAAUCCGCCCGGGGCCAGGGGGGGAUGAGGCUGGCCUAUUUGUCCGUGAUCUAUAUCGGAAAGGGGUUUUUAACUAUCUAAGAAACGAAACCGGAGUGCAUCGGGUUCAAAGAAUUCCCGAAACUGCAAAAGUAGGAAAGAUGCAUACUUCUACUGCCACAGUGGUUAUCUUGCCAGAAUUUCAGGAUAUAAAGUUAGAUAUUUCCGAAAAGAACCUGAAAAUAGAAACUUGUCGUUCUAGCGGAGCCGGGGGUCAACAUGUUAAUACUACUGAUUCGGCUGUAAAGGUGACUUAUACUUAUACCACCAAUGGCAAAACUGAAACCAUUACAGCCACUUCCCAAGAUGGAAGAAGCCAGCACGAUAACCGUGCCAGAGCCUUAACUGUUCUAAAAGACCGACUAUUAGAAAAACUACAAACCGACCAAGCCAAAGAAGUUGGAAAUUUGCGUUCCUCUAUGAUUGGCACUGCUGAACGUUCAGAAAAUUUCCGAACUUACAAUUUUCAAGAAAAUCGAGUAGUUGAUAAACGUCUUAAAAUAAAAUUACGCGGCAAAGUCGACCGGGUUAUGGAAGGAGAUUUAGAAGAAAUAUGUCAAAAGUCAAUUGAUUAUGAAGUGGAGAAAAGGAUAAAUAAGAGUUAA